CUCGCGGCCCGGGAGCGCCGGCGCGGGAGAGCGGCGGAGGCCGGCCGGCGGCGGCCAUGGACCGCUUCGUGUGGACCAGCGGUCUCCUGGAGAUCAACGAGACCCUGGUGAUCCAGCAGCGCGGGGUGCGCAUCUACGACGGCGAGGAGAAGAUAAAAUUUGAUGCCGGGACUCUUCUGCUUAGUACACACCGACUGAUUUGGAGAGAUCAGAAAAAUCAUGAAUGCUGUAUGGCCAUUCCUUUGUCCCAAAUUGUAUUUAUUGAAGAACAGGCAGCUGGAAUUGGGAAGAGUGCCAAAAUCGUGGUUCAUCUGCAUCCAGCUCCUCCUAACAAAGAACCUGGUCCUUUCCAGAGUAGUAAGAAUUCCUAUAUUAAACUCUCCUUCAAAGAACAUGGCCAGAUUGAGUUUUACAGACGUUUAUCAGAGGAAAUGACCCAGAGAAGAUGGGAAAAUAUGCUAGUUCCCCAGUCAUUACAAACCAACAGAGGACCCCAGCCAGGAAGAGUAAGAGCUGUGGGAAUUGUAGGCAUUGAAAGGAAACUGGAAGAAAAAAGAAAAGAAACAGACAAAAAUAUUUCUGAGGCCUUUGAAGACCUUAGCAAGCUAAUGAUCAAGGCUAAAGAAAUGGUGGAGUUAUCAAAAUCAAUUGCUAAUAAAAUUAAAGAGAAGCAAGGUGAUGUCACAGAAGAUGAGACCAUCAGGUUUAAGUCCUACUUGCUGAGCAUGGGGAUAGCCAACCCAGUCACCAGGGAAACCUAUGGCUCCGGCACACAGUACCAUAUGCAGCUGGCCAAACAACUGGCUGGAAUAUUGCAGUCACCAUUAGAGGAACGAGGGGGAAUUAUGUCACUCACAGAGGUGUACUGUUUAGUAAAUCGAGCUCGAGGAAUGGAAUUGCUCUCCCCAGAAGACUUAGUGAAUGCCUGCAAGAUGCUAGAAGCACUGAAAUUACCUCUCAGGCUCCGGGUUUUUGACAGUGGUGUCAUGGUAAUUGAGCUCCAGUCCCACAAGGAAGAGGAAAUGGUGGCCUCAGCCCUGGAGACGGUUUCAGAAAAGGGAUCCUUAACAUCAGAGGAGUUUGCUAAGCUUGUGGGCAUGUCUGUCCUCCUGGCCAAAGAAAGGUUGCUACUUGCUGAGAAGAUGGGCCAUCUUUGCCGAGAUGAUUCAGUAGAAGGCUUGCGCUUCUAUCCAAAUUUAUUCAUGACACAGAGCUAAGGAUUUUGUACUUGAAAUACUUCUUGGCUGUACAUUUGUUUCAUGUAGAGGUAUUGUGACAUUAAGACAUGAGAUAAACCCUGAUCAAACUGAGAAUUUGUUAAAAUUCUACAGUAUCAUAUAAAACUCUUUUCAUCUUUCUCUAAAUACUAUGGAAAAUAUUAUAGGAAACUACAGAAAAGUGAAUGUCAAUAAGGAUUUAAAGUCAUUCUAUGGUUAUUCAGAAACUUCUGAGUUUAACUUGAAACAUGAUGGGUUUUAACUUGAUCCCCAAAGGGGAAACAAUUUUAUAAAGAAGGGAAUUUAAGUCUUUGGGGAAGGAAAAAGAGAGGUUGCGUGUUUGAGCAGAUUAGAUUGCUUAUUUCGAUGUGAUUAAGAUUCACAGAAUUGAAAACAUUUUCCUCUGUGUUUGAUGUGCCCGUGGGGGGUUUUCAUGGAGGAAGUCAGAGCAAUAGUGUCAUUUAAGGACCUGACAACAUUGGAACCAAAUAUCAAACUGCAGAAUGCCACCAAGACUCUUUCUAAGGGCUUUCAAAGUAGCCAUAACAGACCAAAUAAAACACCUUUGAAAAAAGAGAGGAAAAGGGGUGUGGCUCUAACACUUGUCUAGCAUGCAAGCAUGAGGCUUCCCAGCAGUUGGGGAGUAGGGGAGGAAAAGGAGAAAAUGUUUGACUUGUGUCUAUAUACUGCAACUAAUUUCUCUUUAUUUUUUAAGUGAUGAUUUUUCAUGGCUGGCAUUUAAAGAAUGUGACUGUGUCAUUUUGCUUGAAAAAUUUGUGGAUUUUGAAACUGAAUUAAAGAGCUGUAUGGAUUUGCCCAGAGUUAUGAUUACAGAUCUGAGAGGGAGACGGCAUAGGAAUUCCCUAAGAUUGUUGUCCUGGUGGAAGGGCAGAGGAGACCUUGAACCUCACAGGAACUUCAAUGCUCUUUGACCUGGAAGUCAAGAAUAGGAAAUAGAAAGUUAGGAGUUAACAUGUCUCCUUUUUCCUUCUUUAAGGGGUCUCAGCACUGAACUAAAAAUUUUUUUUUCUAUUGUAUUCAGCAAUAUGUUUUUCUUUUUUUUUAUCCUACACAUUAUAAUUUGUGUGGAGGAACCAUCACAUAAAAAAGUAUUUCUGAUAACAAAAACUGGUGACUUUUGCCUGUAGAUUGCUUGAGUUUUAAACCAGACAGCUGGUCUCCAUUUGUUACUAUGCUACAAUGUACAGCAUACUGGUAUUACCUCAAACUCAGGGACCCCACAGGACAAAAAAAAGAUCCCCCUUUCUGAAACUGAAGUAGAAAGAAACUGGUGGGUUUGGCCACACCUCUGGAAGAGCUAGCUGGAAGAAAACUGGGGGAGGGAGGUCUAGUUCCACACUCCAGGAUUUCUAGUACAUUUAUAAUGGGUGAUAUAGAAGCCACUACCAAAGGCUACUGCAGAUACCCUUUGGGGAAGUGCCAGAAUCCUCAGCCAUAGACCCAGGGAUCCCAACUCUUGAUUCCUCCCUGAGAAGUGGCUGUCAUUGCUUUGUGUCCUCCAGUUACAUAGGAAUGCUAUGAUCAAGGCAGCUUGCUUUAGUCUUCACUUUCAAAAUUGUCACUGGCUCUUCAUUGUGGUGACACAUCCCCUAAUUACCUCAUUGCUCAGCCUCAGGUUUAUUUAGGGGGUAAUUCAGUGUCUGGCCACCCAAGUCUUUUAGGGGUUAGUUAGAUUGUUGUGUAACUUUGUAUGUCUUGCCUUUCUCUGGGUUGCUUUCUCUGUCCUGUCUCAUGGCUCUUGCAGACUUAACACAGACACAUGUAAAUGCAUUCAUAUACACAUGACACACAGUGUCUCACCUUGUGAAGGUUCUUAAAAAUCAACAAUGAUAGUUUAAGAGCAAUUGCAAUAAAAGUUCCAAGAGAGGUUAUUGGAGCUACUGGAUCUAGUUCUUUAAUGGUUUAGACUCAUUUCAGCCAACCUAUAUAAUUCAACAUAUUUAAGUGACAAAUUAGAUUACUGAUUAAUCUAAGUUGUAUAAAGUGAAUUUAAGAGGAAGAAAAGUGACAUUCAAAUAUACUUUGCAAAUGUCACAUUAAAAAUAGUUAUGACUGCUUCUAUAUUAUUUUAAAGUGGGUAUUCUUUGCUGUUUCCCAGAUUUCUAUGUAUAUAUUUAUGUUUUGCCAAACGAGCUAUUUAUUUUGGUAGAGGGUAUAUUUAAAUACAACCAAUCAGGCCCUAAGUGGGAAAAACAAAAAAAACAAAAAACAGCUCUACCUUGGUGCUUAUCACUCUGUAAUCAUUGUUUCUGUUUUCUGAACUCUGCUGUAAGAACCAUGUAUCUCUUUGUAGCUUUAUGGUUAUGGGAUAUUUAUAGUCACUGUCAAGAAAACUUUUUUUACAGUGUAUAAGUGAAUAUUUUUUCCAGAUUAAAUAAUUGGUCUUCAUGUAUAUAAAGUAAAAUUAUUGCAAAGUUUUAAGGUGAUUUUCUUACUUGGGUAUUCUUUUUUAAUACUCUGAAAAAUACAUGAAAACAUUAAAUCUUUCAUCAUAGAAAGUCAAUAUAUUAAUAAUUUUCUUUUAGAUUUUUAUAAUUAGCAUUACUUGUAAAUUUUUAUGACUUUUAUGAAUUUUAGUUAUCUUUGAAAAUGGAAAAUGAGUCACGAAUUGUUCUUUUCUUCUUCCUUUUGUUGUGAAUGCACUCUAGGCUGACCCUGUGUGACCACAUGAGUGUCUGUCUGUCUCUUGUCUCUUAUUCCACUUCCAGACUAUGCUGGGUGAAGUGUGGAUUCAUUCUUUCACCACCUGCAUACUCAAGUACCUAAAAUGGUUCUUUUUUGCCCAACAACCUCAGUCUUCAGUACAGUGGAGUUACAACUUGAAAAGUGAUUAGGUUUUAAAGAUUUGCCUAGAAACAAAAUCAACAUGCUCAAAAUGAUCCUCGAAAAAAAAAUCUCUUAAAUUGCCAAUAAAGUUCUCAUUACAGUUUUAA